GUCCAAUGUCUACCGUUGCCAGCAAAACGAACAGAGAUGCAAUUGCUUAUUAUUAAAUCUUAACCAAGCAGCAAUUCCCCAUUACUCUACACUCCUCAAAUUUUCUUCUUUUUGGGCAGUUUCUCUGAUAUUUUCUUUGCUUUGUUUCUCAUGGCGGAGGUUUUAGACGACGGUGAGUUUUGGCUUCCUCCUCAGUUUUUAACCGACGACGACCUAUUCAUGGACGAAGGUAAAGCUAAGAGCAACUCCAAGAAACUGGAUGAUGGUACCCAGUCUUUGUUUCCCUACGGGUUCCCUUAUGGGUUUGGGUAUUUGGGUUUCUCUUCGAAUCCAAGUUCUCCGGUGGAGUCCGUGGUGGGUUCUAUUGAGACAGAGAGUGAUGAAGAGGAUUAUCUCGCCGGGUUAACUCGUCAAAUGGCUCACUCUACUCUUCGCAGCGGUAUUCGCAGAAACGAGUGUGUUUUUGCCGCUGAAAACCCUAAGGGUUGGGUAUUGCCAAGUUCGCCGCAAUCUACGUUAUGUCCGUUGAGAAGCGGCUGCGGCUGCAUGCAAGGGUCUAGCCGUGGAAGCCCUACUUGUCAGUCUCGUGUUUCGUCGCCGUCGGGAACAUGGGAUCUGCUGUAUGCGGCGGCAGGGGAAGUUGCUAGGAUGCCCGUGAAUGAAAAAUCAUUCGGUGGAUUCAACAACACAGGUCUAUUACGUUCGCCGGCGACAAAGCUCUCUCAAAAUAUCGAUGUUUCCUGCUUUUGCCAGCCUCCGCAGUCACUUUCACGCCAGGAGCUGCAGGCCGCACAAUUUCAGAUUUUGAAGCAAAAGCAGCAUCAACAGCAGCACCAUCACCAUGUGGUUCAAAAUAGAGCGAGGAGCAACAAUAGUACUAAUAGGCCUAUGGGUUUGUCUCCUUCUGCAUGCCUUCCUCUUAAGCAGCAAACCCGGAUGACGAACGGAUCGGGUAUGCAGGCUGUUUACUUGAACCAUCCCACCGCCAAAAGGGAAUGUGCUGGAACUGGUGUUUUCUUGCCUCGCCGUAUUGGUGCACCCUCUGAACCCCGCAAGAAGUCAGCUUGUCCUACUGUUCUUCUUCCGGCAAGAGUUGUUCAGGCAUUGAACUUGAAUCUCGAUGAGAUUGGCGCCCAGCCCCAAAUUCAUCCCCGUUUCAACGCUAAUUUCACUGCAGAUACUGAUGGUGCUUUGAGGAUGCUUCGAAGUGGUGAGAAUGUGUUUCCCAAUCAAAAGCAACGUAAUUUCAGGCAACAUCAAGGAAUAAAUCACGAAGUGGGGUUACCUCAGGAAUGGACAUACUGACUCUCAACUUAGCAUAUCGACCGGUGGUCGACUAAUUAUCUCUAUGUUAGGGUUUUGUUAUAGGGAAAUACUAGUAUAGAAGUAUAGUCUUUCAAGAAGGAAAAUCUCUGGGUUAUUUUAAGAAGAUGAAAUGGUUAUUUGGGUUAGGCGUAGGUGAAAAAAAUAAAGUAAGAAUCUCUAGUUAUGAAGCAUCUUGGGUUAAUAAGUUUAUGAAUUUUGUUGUUGACAAGUGAAAAUGUUUUAAUGAAAUGAAAGGGGACAGGGUAUUUUGUCUAA